ACACUCUCUCUCUCUCUCUCUCUCUCUCUCUCUCUCUCUCUCUCUCUCUCUCUCUCUCUCUGUCACACGCAACAACUUGGUCAAAGUCCCCUCCUUUCAUACGCCCUCACAGAUCCUACUCUCCUGCCUCCCUCCUCUCCUUAUAUUCUCCCCCUCCUCCCUCUCUCCACGAACUCCUCCUAUACACACACAUAUACACGUAUACAUAGACACAGAGAGAGAGAGCUUCAUCAUCAUGGGAAGGUCGCCUUGCUGCGAAAAGGCCCACACGAACAAAGGGGCAUGGACCAAAGAAGAAGACCAGCGUCUCAUCGAUUACAUCCGUAAACAUGGCGAAGGCUGCUGGCGUUCUCUUCCCAAAUCCGCUGGGCUGUUGCGUUGCGGCAAGAGUUGCAGGUUGAGAUGGAUAAAUUAUCUUCGGCCCGAUCUCAAGAGAGGAAAUUUCACCGAAGAAGAAGAUGAACUCAUCAUCAAGCUCCACAGCUUACUCGGAAACAAGUGGUCUUUGAUCGCGGGAAGAUUACCCGGGAGAACAGACAACGAGAUCAAGAAUUACUGGAACACUCACAUAAAGCGGAAGCUUCUCAACCGCGGGAUCGACCCUCAGACCCACCAUCCGAUCAACGAAUCCGCCGCCCUCUCAGACCCCAAGACGCCGCCGUCUCAGGUAACUCCGGCAGCUCCUCCCCAAAACGCCGCCGUCCCGUCCACCUUCCCCUAUCUCAACGCCGUUAAACCCAAAACGGAAUAUUCCUCCGACAACGGAGCCGCCUCAAGCGGCACGACCACAGACGAGGAAAUCCGGCAAAACUCCGACUGUUAUCACAGUUAUAAUACCAACUCCGGACACGAGGAGCUGAAUCUGGAGCUCACACUAGGGUCCCGGUCGACCCGGUCGGGCGAGCCGGGUCGGGUCACGGGUGCCGACUCGGAGCCGUGGUGGGCUCCGGAGACCGGCGAGACGGAGACACGUGGAGUAUGUCUGUGCUGUAACCUGGGCUCUCGUGAACCUUGUAGGAUUCGCCAAACGGCGAAAUGGGUUCCCCAGAAGACGGAUAGAAAAUUUUAAAAGUUUUCGUUUUUUGUAAUUUCUGUUCAUAUCUUUAGUCUUUUCAUUGCCAUAGGUGAUAAAAUAUGAAAAAAAAAAAAAUUCAAAUCAAUCGAUUUGCAAGAACAAAGAAAAACAGUGAAGCAUAAUUUGCUAAAAUUUGUACCUGAAUGUGUCAUAAGUUUGCAGCAAAUUAACUGCAGAUGUUAAUGUGCUAAUAUGUAAGCAUAUGUAAACAUGUAAUUUGAUUAUUUUUUUUAUCUUAUUAAAUAAAUAUAUGUAUUUAAUUUUA